AUGGCUACUGCUGCGGAGGCCGACUUGGCCCGCAUGGGCUACAAAUCAGAAUUGCCUAGAAGUUUGAGCAUGAUGAGUGUUCUGGGCCUCACCACAUUCUACAUCACUCUCGCAGAUGGUCAGAGCGUGACGAUCUUGUGGGGAUGGGUUCUGGUGUCCUUGAUUUCUCUAUCAAUUGCAGCCUCCUUGGCCGAGAUCUGUGCCGUCUUCCCUACUGCCGGUGGAGUAUACUACUGGGCGGCUAUGCUUUCUACUAAGAAGUAUGCUCGAUUGAGUUCUUGGAUCACUGGUUGGCUUACGCUGGUUGGCAACUGGACUGUCACAACAUCCAUCAACUUCUCGGGAGCCCAAUUGAUCCUAAGUGCGAUCAGCCUCUGGAAUGAGGACUUUGUGCCUACAGCAUGGCAAACAGUGCUGAUGUUUUGGUGUGUCAUGCUUAUCUGUAUGCUCGUCAACAUAUUUGGCGCCAAAUAUCUUGACUUGAUCAACAAAAUCUGUAUCUACUGGACUGGAGCCAGUGUGAUCAUCAUCAUGGUCGUUCUACUUGCCAUGUCAGAUAACUACAGGAGUGGAGAGUUCGUCUUCGCCCACUACGAUGCGAGUGGCAGUGGAUGGCCGAGUGGUUGGGCCUUCUUUGUUGGCCUAUUGCAAGCUUCUUACACACUGACUGGCUACGGCAUGGUUGCCGCAAUGUGCGAAGAGGUUCAAAACCCUGCUCGCGAGGUACCCAAAGCGAUUGUCCUCUCUGUGGCUGCUGCGGGUGUUACUGGUAUAUUGUAUUUGAUUCCAAUCCUCUUCGUCUUGCCCGAUAUUCAGAUGCUUCUGGACGUCGCAAAUGGUCAACCUAUCGGUCUUCUUUUCAAGACUGUCACAGGUUCGGCAGCUGGCGGUUUCGGGUUGCUCUUCCUCCUUCUCGGCAUUCUCUUCUUCGCAGGCACUGGUGCUCUAACAGCUGCAAGUCGUUGCACUUACGCUUUUGCUCGUGAUGGUGCGAUCCCUGGCUCUCGCGUCUGGUCUCGCGUUGACAAACGCUUCGACAUUCCUCUAUGGGCAUUGGUUCUCUCAACAGUAGUCGAUUGCUUGUUAGGCCUGAUCUACUUCGGUAGCACUGCAGCUUUCAACUCAUUUACAGGAGUAGCCACAAUCUGCCUUUCGACCUCAUACGGAUUACCUAUCUUGGUCAGCGUACUCCGUGGACGCAAAAUGGUCGCACACUCCUCCUUUUCCUUGGGUCGUUUUGGAAUGGCCAUUAACGUGUUAACUCUUUGCUGGAUCGCCUUGGCUGUCGUCCUAUUCUGUAUGCCGGUCACGCUGCCAGUUGACCCGAGUUCUAUGAACUAUGCCUCUUGCGUGUUCGCAGGCUUUGCUGCCAUCAGUGUCGUGUGGUACUUCAUCCGCGGACGCAAAGCAUUUACAGGCCCACCAGUUCCUGCUGAUGUGGAUGUCAGCAGCGACGUAGGGGUUGUCAGAGGUCAAGCUAUUGACUCUGAUCUGGAGAAGAGCACGAGCGCCGUUCAUAAGAAGAUGGCCGAUGAGCCACCAAAAACUACAAUAUGA